UUCAUUCAUUUUUUUUUAUCUUAAUCUUGUUCUUGAUUUCUUCAAAAUAUAUAUUUAUUAAAAGCUAAGUUUGUUUUGAAAAUGGAAAAACAUACGGUUUUGUUGAGUUUGGUGGCUGUUCUUAGUUUCUGCUGUAUUGCCUUUGCAUAUGAGCCUGCACCCCUUCAGGAUUUCUGUGUUGCAGAUCUUAACAGCCCGGUGACAGUGAACGGCUUUUCUUGCAAGAAUCCCAUGAUGGUUCAAGCCAAUGAUUUCCUCUUUAGAGGUUUCAACAUUCCAGGGAACACGUCAAACCCUGUAAGGUCUAAAGUCUCCCCAGUAACAGCAGCUCAACUACCAGGACUCAACACAUUUGGCAUUGCAAUGGCACGGGUCGACUAUCUUCCAGGGGGCGUCAAUCCUCCCCACUACCACCCUAGAGCUUCUGAGAUCUUCACCCUUAUAGAAGGCUCUCUCCUUGUUGGUUUCGUUACUACAAAUCCUGAGAAUCGCCUUAUCAGCAAGGUUCUUCAAAAGGGUGAUGUUUUUGUCUUUCCAAAGGGACUUAUUCACUUCCAGCUGAAUUUGGGGAAUGAAAAAGCACUAGGAAUUUCUGCAUUGAGCAGCCAAAACCCAGGAAUCAUGACCGUAGCAAAUGCAGUUUUUGGCUCGAAUCCACUGAUUUCUAGUGAAGUUCUCACCAAGGCAUUCCAAACGGACAAAAAAGUAAUUGAUCAAAUUCUGUCAAAAUUCUAAAGGAGCAACAAAAAUCAAAGGAUGUCUAAGCCAGCUUACGCGUACCUGUGUGUUGAUACAAUAGUUUAUGUACAAUAAGAAAAUUGAAGCAAAUCAAACGAAUAAAAUAUAAUUUACUUAUAGAAUUUAUUUACUGAAAAUAGAUUAGACCUUCGAUGAUUAAGUCGAGCGCGUGACAUUCUAUCCAUAAGACAGAUUCACCGCCAC